CGCGUUCAGUUAGUUUUCACUGUUGGCGCGUUUACGACGUUUUACCACGGACGGCCCGUUGUUGUGUUGCGCGAGCGUAAGCAGGAUUUUGUGAGAAAAAAAACCGAGCGAAAAGAAGUCUUCAAUCGCUUCUUUCAAUAAUAAUGAUUCGCUGUUGUUUGCUGCGAUAACAAAUUACUGUUAUAUUAUUUGGCGUUUUUGCUCGCUACAAAGCGUUUGCUGUUGAUAACAAGUGAAGCGUGAAAAAGUGACAACAGUUCCGUUGGGUUUCCCUUUCUUCGGUGGCGCUACUCGCUACAUGUUAAAAAGCAAGCAAACAGAGCAAAGAAAUUCUAAAACAAAUGUAUAAAGUAGUCAGUGACCGUUUUGAAAGCCUUCAACGAAAAGUGAAGCUGUGUUGCAACUUCUGGUCGCGCUGUGUUGCAAGCGAAUCGCGCUGAUUGCUGCGCAUGGUGCAUACAUAACUGCUAUUUAAGGAAAAACAGGACGUUAACUUCCGACAACAGCGGCUGCACGACAGACCAGCUCAGAGCACGCGACCGAAUAGAAAGGAAGAAACUUGUUCGACGCGGAACGGGUGCGAAGGAAAAAUACAAAAAAAAUAGACAAAUAAGUUAAGGAAAACCCUGAGAAGUAGGAGGAAAUAUUUCAACAUGGCGUGUCGAGUGUGGUAUGGCGUGGCGUUGCUAUUUUUUGCCACCAACAUCAUGGCUGCCGACAUACUGAUGGUCACAAUGGGCGGCACCAAGUCACAUAAAAUACCCUUUUGGGAGCUGGCGAAAGGACUGAUACACAGAGGUCACAACAUAACAUUUCUCAAUGGUUUUCCAUCGGAUUUUCACAUCAACGGCUUGCACGAGAUCACACCAGCCGGCUUGGUUGAGUACAUACAAAAUUAUACGAACUGGGAUUUAUUGGGCUCACGUAUGUCUGGUGAAAUGCCUUUGUCGAUGUGGGACGCAUUCCGAUAUGCUUUUCAAUCCUGCGAUGCGAUGCUGGAGGAUGCCGAAACUAGGGAGCUCAUGAAUCGCAGCUUUGAUUUAGCUAUUUUGGAUGGCGCCUUUCCAGAGUGUGCACUCGGCAUGGUCUACCAAUACAAAAUACCGUUCAUGUAUAUGAAUACGGUGGGCUUCUACACCGGCAGUCUGGCAAAGUCUGGUAAUCCCGGUUCAUAUGCGGUAACGCCGAAUUUCUAUUCAAGCUUUACGGACACGAUGAAUAUCUUCCAGCGGGCGAUGAAUACCGGCAUACAAGUCUUUCAGGAUGUUAUGCACAAGUUAGUCAUGGCGUUCGUUUAUCGCGUGAUGCGCGAACGCAUCGACACAAAUAUUCCGCAUCCCUAUGAUAUCUCGAAAAAUGUCAGCUUCAUACUGCAGAAUGGCCACGCUGUGGUGUCAUAUCCGCGUGCACUCAAUCCGAACGUCGCCGAAAUCGCUUGCAUACACUGCAAGCCCGCUAAGCCGCUACCUAAAGAUCUCGAGGAGUUUAUUGCUUCGGCGGGCGAAUCAGGUUUCAUUUAUGUGUCGAUGGGAUCAUCAGUGAAGGCCGCCAACAUGCCGGAGUCGCUGCGUCGUUUGUUGGUGAAAACGUUCGCACGUCUGCCAUAUCAUGUGCUUUGGAAGUAUGAGGGUGAUGCUUCCGAAAUGCAAGAUCUCACGGCUAAUGUGCGCCUGAGUCGUUGGUUGCCGCAGCAGGAUAUUUUGGGGCAUCAGAAACUACGCGCCUUCGUUACGCAUGGCGGUUUGUUGAGCAUGUUCGAGACGGUAUACCACGGUGUGCCAGUUGUGACAAUGCCGGUCUUCUGCGAUCACGAUGUGAACUCUGCCAAGGCGGAGGUGGAUGGUUAUGCGAUCAAAUUACAGUUGGAGACUUUAACUGUUAGUCAGCUUUACAAGAGCUUAAUGAAGGUCAUACAUGAUCCGCAGUAUAGAAAUGCGGCGAGAUCCCGCCAAAGAUUGCUGACAGAUCAGCGUAGUACUCCCUUGGAAACAUCCAUAUACUGGACAGAAUAUGUUUUGCGUCACAAAGGAGCUUACCACUUGCAAUCGCCGGCAAGAAAUAUGAGUUGGAUCCAAUACUACCUUAUCGAUGUAGUCGCUCUCUACAUGGGCGCUAUCUACCUAAUCUACUAUCUGCUGAAACGUUUAUUCUCCCGCCCCGAAGUCAUGCAACAUAGCAUACGCCAUGCUCAACACAAAGUAAAAAAGCUCAACUAAUUUCUCAUCAAUAAUUAGUUCGGUGAUAUACAAUUACGAAAGAGUGUCUAAGUAUGUGCACAAUACUGCCGCCAUACUUCUUCUCACUCUCUCUUUCUCUCUCUCUGCAGUUGCAGUCUGUUCUUGGCAGAGCGCAUAGUCUCAUUUUCAUUUUUUACAGUGUGUGUGUGUGCAAAUAUUUUCGACUUUUUCUUUUGUGUAGAAAAAGUUAUUGUAAAUAUUGUAACUACAUAAAACUAUUUAAUAUAUAUUUAAUUAUUAUGUGUACAAAAGCGUGUGACAACUAUCAAAUAUAUAUAUAAAAUAUAAUGAAUAAAAGCUGCCGAAGAAAAUUUAUUAUUUUUAAAUUUUUAUUCUGCGGCUUUAUUUGAGUUACUGUACAUUUUUUUUAUCCAUAUUCUACCAUAUUAAUUGUGUUCUUUAAAAAAAGAUUUGCUAAAUUAUUUAAUACAACAAACCAAAGUCAAAUUAAAUUUAAAAAGGUAUGUGAAAUUCUUUUGAUUUUUUUAAUGUGAGUUUACUUUCGUGGAAAUUAAAUAUUUUUGUAUAUAAAUUCGCUGUUGUUUAAAAUUGUAUGUGCUUAAUAAUGAAUACCAAUAAAUUAUCGAUAUUUUGUUAGCUGUUAUCAUUAAUUAGCAUAGGUUUAUAGGCUAAAAUAAAAUAUUUAACAUAAUAAUAAAAUGUUUUCCUCCUCUACUGAA